AUGAUCAUGGCUCCGGCCGUGGAAAACUCGUCUUCGUUCCCCAGGUCUCACUCUAGUCCAGACUUGGGGCUCCUCUCGCUACCCUCACUCGAAAACCAUUCCUCGAAUCCGUCACCGCAACGCCCGAACGACCCCGAUCUUCAAACGAUACCGAACUUUGAUCUUCCCACCUUUAAUGUCGAUUUCAGUCUCGAUACCUCUGUCUUCCUCCCAGAGGAACGGACUCCCAAGGCGGCACCUGCCUCACCACCUACAAUCAUUGAAGCGAAAGAGGUGCCCGAAGAGACCUCGCGCAUGAGACACGCUCGGAAAAGGACAAGCUCGCUCAUAGACACUCGAGGUUGGCUUUCAAGCUCCAAAAGCACGUCGGACCUUCUCAGUGAGCCUCCUCGGCCGACUACAUCUGCGGGUGAUAAGAGUUUUGGCGAUGGAUCAAUCGGCGACCUGAAACCCCUGCAAAGAACUAUGACAAAGUCAGGUUCUUUCGCGAAUUUCGCCAAACGCUCGUGGAGACCCUCCCGCUCACCGUCGCCCAUGAAGAAUGCCGACGCUGCCAAGGAUAGUGAGGAUUUGUCCGGGCGCAACCGAUCUGAGAGCACAACAUCACUCAAGCUUACAAAGACCCGCAAACGCCCUGGCUUGACCGUUGAUCAGGUAGACAAGAACAAGUCAACUGAUUCACUAAAGUCCGCAGCCCCCAAAGCCUUUUCACGAGCGAGCAGCUACUUCUCCAAGAUUAAGCAGAAACAGGCGGGCUUGUCGAAAUUAAAUACCAAUACCGAUUCUGACAAUAGCUGCGCUUCUUCGGCCACAAGUCUUGCAGCACCUGCUUCAAUCAUCGCAGAGGACCGCACGCCACAGUCUUCUACCUACGACACUACCUCCGCCACAACAGUCACUGAUGAAUCUUCCGUCGAGAUGCCGCCCCAGCAAAGAGAUGUGUUGUGGUCGUCUUUCAAGUCGCUUGAUGAAGAUUUUAAGGGGUUCCUUGCCAAGAGCACAUCCCAGCGAAUGUCGCAGGUUCAAACAGUGCUCCUCCCUUUCCUGCGGAAUACGAUGAAUCACGAAUCAACCAAGAAACUUUAUCCCGAAGAUGUCGAUCGGAGAGCAACAAUCUUGAACAAAUGGUGGGUCGCUAUCCUGGAGAUGCUGGACGGAAAUGCGCCACAGCCCGUCCCUGGUGUCGACCGCCCGGUUUUAUUCGAUGUUGUUACACUUAUCAUGAUGAGACUGGAAUGGCGACAAGCUACAUCAUACUUCCUACCACUGGUCAACCGAUCACCGGCCGAGCGAGUCCGCGCUCGAUCCAUGACUGGCUCAUCCAGCUCGUCCGUUACGUCGAGCCAAGCAGCGUUCUUGGAAGAAUCAGCCGAACACAACGUUCGAACUAUGUUCGUCUCCAACCUGGUCAAACAGAUGGCUUUUGUGGUUGACAAGCUUUCGCUUCGCCACGUACCGGUCAGCCUGGUGAACUUUGCUGGAAAAGCUUGCGCUUACGCCUUCUUUUUUGCGCCCGGUAUUGCGGAUAUCCUAAUUAGACUUUGGGGCCUUUCUCCUGAACUCAUCCGACGAGUAGCUGAUGAGCUCGGUCUGCCACGGAAGAACAGAGGCGAGAGCGACGACAUUGCGGCUUUGUUCCCUCCAACCAUCGGUGUCUUCAGCUGGACAACACCAAAAGGCAUGUGGGACAGCCUUAAGAAAGUGCCCAAAUUGCCUAUGCUGGUGUCUAGAAUCGCUUGGACAGGCCCCUGGGCCGCUCGAUGGAAAGGCCGGGAUACCGAUGUUUUCUUCAUCUUCUGCAAAUACUUUCACAUUCUGUCCGAGCAGUUUAUGCCUACUGGUCUGCCUCUGCUAGAAAAGGCAAGAUCUCCGGCUUUCGCUCUUGUACAGGCCCAAGUUCUCUACGUUCUGGACACAACCAUCCACCGCCAGUCCCCUAUGGACGGUGGAUUUAACCCUGCUGCAGUGGACUCUAUGGCUGGCGCAGACGCUGCAAUGACGUUGCCACUCUCUGUCAGUAACAUCAUGCGAGGCAUGUCCGAAAACCGAAGCAUCAUGUUAUUGAAAGACUUUCUAUCAGACGACUCACCCGACGUUGCUGGGGCUAGACAUACAUUUGCGGAAAGCUUCGCUACAAUGAUGAAGGCAGCAACACGGAAGGUUUCGACAUACAAUCACCCUGCUUGCUUCACUUUGUGCGACUUCCUAGAAGAAGUCCUUGUACUCUACACUGAAUUCGAAGAGCCGGAUAGUUCAGACAGCUACGUUGACUGGGCGUUCUGGUUUGAUGUUUGCCAGAGGAUCAUGUGCUCCUUCAACACUAUGUCUGAGAUUCGAUUGUUAGCACUGAUAUAUUCCAUUUGGGAUGCCAUAUCAAAAGAUCCCGUGCGCAAGCUCACCGUCUGUAAGGAUUGGCUGCUUACCGAAAAUACCUUCAAUGAGUUUUUUAACCACUGGUGCCCAAUGGUUCGGGCUUACUACCAGCGUUUACUGUGUUGGCGAAUGUGCCGAGACGCAGGAACGCUGGAUGAAGUUGAUGGUCAGAUCUUUGUUCUUGUAGCUGAGCGACUUCAAACGACAUGGGCUCACUAUCUGUACAUCAAACAUACUGCAGAAGAAGAAGAGCGAAUCGCGCCCUCGACCUGCCCAGUGAACCCUGCUCCUGGAAAACGCUUCAUGAUUAUCCGCCAGGAAAUCAAUGUUCCUCAGCCCGGAUUAUACAUGGGAAGUUUUGAUUCAUUCGCCAAGCUUCCAAACAGUGAGACUAGUGUCCUCAACGGACUACCUCCUGACUCUUCCAAGCACGACGGAAGGAAACGAUGGUCGCUGCUGGGCAAAGUCCUCUCUCUUGGAGGUAAUACCGGUGCAGGCGGGGCUUGGGAUGAAGAUUUUCAAACCGUUCGUCGUGAAACAGCAGAGUCUCGAUCUUUGAGUACGCAAAACAACAACAACAACAAGAACCGCCCAUCUGAAGAUGACUCCCUUUACUCUCAACCAACAUAUGAGGAGCCAAAGUUCGUCUUCAAGUUCAUCCUUGCUUGGCAACAACAGGCAGCACUUCUCCGAGAUCGCUUCCUGACUCGCCCUCGACUUCCUGGCCCAGCGCAGACUCGUAUCAGCGGCCCGUUGCGAGUUAAUGGAUUUACCGUGCCUGCGGGGUACUCGGCGCCCACACGCAAGUUCUCUGGCAGUCCUCAGCAAGGUCUUAUUGACAAUGCCAAGAACGCGAGCUUGCCUAAUUCCCCUCAAGAGAAGAAUGAGGCUCCGAGCUGGAAGCUUGAGGUUACGAUCUCGGGAUCAAGUGACGGGUCUCCUAAGGCAUCCAGUGCCAGAGGCUCUCCCUCUCCCUCGCCGUACCCCUCGCCCAAACCGAACAUGGGCUCGUUUACCGACAGUGUUGUCGAACCUAUAAAGCCAACUGGUCUUUACGUCAAGAACUCCGUUUAUACUGGACGAGCACUUGCAGAGUGGGCUCAGGUUGUUUUUGAGUGCAACAAUUUUGUGGAGCGUCGCCGCGACGAGGGAAUGAGUAACCUUCGGGAUGUGGAAAUCCCUAUUCUUGGAGUCGAGGGGUUCCGCAAGGUUGCCGGCUAG